UACAGGGCCGCCGGGCUGGGGGCUUUACAGCGCGUUGCAGCUGCCGUGAAUGUGCAUUCGGUUGAGGGCGGUUAGCCAUUAGCCGAGGCUCCAUAGCGGUGAAUUGUGGGAUGCCUGAAAAGCAAGCAGAAAGCACACACACAAUAUGUGUUGGCUCGCAAAAAAAAAGAGGAGAGAGGAGGCAGGAGGCUUUCAAAACCCAUGUAAUGUAACCAGCCCAAUGUGAGCGAAAGGAGCUCGCCUUUCGCGGCAGCGAGACGAUCGGCCACCGAAUAACAAUGUCUUUCAAAGAGAUCAAGGCAGCGGGAGAAAAAGCCAAGCACACCGAAGACCAUGGCAAAAAGCAGAGUUCAAGUUGGAUCAACGGAAUGGAGAGCAGCUCCCAAGCUAGCACCUCUGCUGAGAAAAAAAAUCACCAUUGGAAAAGUUACAAGUUGAUUAUUGACCCAGCUCUGAAAAAAGGACAGCACAAACUCUAUCGUUAUGAUGGACAACAUUUCAGCAUUCCUAACCCGGGUCUUGCCCCAGUAGAUUGUGUCAGAGAUCCCAGGAUAGGACGAAUAUGGACCAAAACUAAGGAGCUGGAACUCUCUGUCCCUAAAUUUAAGAUUGAUGAGUUUUAUGUGGGGCCGGUGCCUCCCAAGCAAGUCACCUUUGCCAAGCUGAACGACAACAUCCGCGAAAACUUCCUGACAGACAUGUGUAAAAAAUACGGAGAAGUGGAAGAAGUGGAGAUCCUCUACAACCCCAAAAACAAGAAGCACCUGGGAAUUGCCAAAGUGAUCUUUGCCACAGUCAAAGGUGCCCGGGAAGCAGUUCAGCACUUGCACAACACCUCUGUCAUGGGCAACAUCAUCCACGUGGAGCUAGAUACUAAAGGUGAAAAGCGCCUGCAUUUCUAUGAGCUCCUUGUGAAUGGACUCUACACUCCUCAGACCCUCCCUGUGGAGAAUGAGCCAGAUGUGUCGCCCACUGCAAAUGAAACUCCGCAGUUGGCCGAUACUCUGAAACGUCUAAAAGACAGUAGCCUUUCUUCUGUGGGAUCAUCAGCUACCCCAAACAGUAGCACCCCAUUUUCCCAUGAUACAGCCUUUUCCAGUUGUCGGCAAGAUACCCCAAACUCUUAUAGUCAGUUUACCCCUCAGUCCCAAGGAACUCCUCUCACUCCACGCCUAGGGACUCCCUUUUCCCAAGAUUCUGCUUACUCGAGUCGUCAGACGACACCAGCAUACCAUUUUGGCCAGGACUCUGCGUAUAAACCCAGGAGACAUGAAACAAAAUUUACAGAUGCCUACAAUCGACGGCCAGGCCAUCACUAUGUUCAUAACUCAGCAGGUGUUUUUCGAGGGUCAGAACAUCAGUUUAGUGCGUUCAAAUCCCAUCAGCAAGAGACUGUGCAAUAUUCCCACACUUCUCCUUUGAGCCACUCGGGUUCUUCAACGUACAAAUCAGCCUUCUCCCCAUACCAGGCACCCACGACGACAUUUCCCCAGCCUGAGGAGCUGCCACUUGCCCAAACGUCCAGGGACGUUGAGUAUCGACGACCCCCGCCACCUCCCACGGAGGUGGUAACUGAAAGUAGCACUGCUAGCAGUGUUGAUUUUGUUCCUGUGAAGGAAAAACCUGAGGAGCCCCCGCCCCCGCCCGAGUCCAGCACUCAUAAUGAACCAGCUGUGGCACCCUUCUUGCAGACACCGGAAAGGAGCGAGACACCAGGAACCCCAACCGUAGAAUCUGAUGUUCAGCAUAACAGUUUGGACUCACGGAUUGAGAUGCUCUUAAAAGAGCAGAGAACAAAGCUAUAUUUCCUCAAUGAGCAUGAUUCGGACAACGAGAUUCGAAUGGAAGGUAGUCCCAUCUCCUCCUCCUCCUCCCAGCUUUCUCCAAUCCCAACCUUUGGGUCCAACUCUCAGCCCAGCUACAGAGCACAAACUCCUUCCUCCCGCCCUUCCAGCACUGGCUUGGAAGACAUUAGCCCAACACCAUUGCCAGAUUCUGAUGACGAUGAGCCAAUUCCUGGAACAGCUUCUCUUGGUCAGAAUUCAAGAGGAGCGUUGGAUGCUAGUAGGACUCCUGUUGACCAGCUGGCCAGGACAUCCAAACCAGAGUCCUCUGAGGCUAAAGAAAUGCUGCCUAGUAACGAAAGCCCAACUCCUGAAAAAAUGGAAGAGUGUCAUCAGUCUUCAGGGGAAGACAUGGAGAUCUCUGAUGACGAAAUGAGCCAAUCUCCAAGCUCGGAUUGUGCCAAAACCAUUGUGGUGAAUACCUCUAUUGGCAAUUCGGCCGUGAUGGCUCCCUCGCUCCCCAUGCCUCCACCUGGUUUUCCUCCUUUGCCUCCGCCGCCACCGCCCCAGCCAGUCUUUCCGAUGCCUCCACCUCUCCCACCUCCACCUCCACCAACUCACCCAGCCGUCACCGUCCCACCUCCACCCCUUCCGGCACCUCCUGGGGUCCCUCCCCCUCAUAUCUUGCCUCCACUCCCUCCGUUCCAUCCUGGGAUGUUCCCUGUCAUGCAAGUGGACAUGAUCAGUGUCUUGGGCAACCAAUGGGGCGGCAUGUCCAUGUCUUUUCAAAUGCAAACCCAGAUGUUGAGCCGCCUGAUGCAAGGGCAGAACACGUACCAGUACCCUCCUUUCAUGGGGAACCGGAUGCAGUUUGUGAACCUUCCUCCCUACCGGCACUUCUCUAUGGGGGCAGCUAUCAACCGUGGGCAGCCGUGGCCCCCUUUACCCAAGUUUGAUCCUUCUGUUCCCCCUCCGGGCUACGAGCCCAAGAAGGAAGACCCACACAAGGCCACAGUGGAUGGUGUCCUUUUGGUGAUUGUGAAGGAACUCAAAGCGAUCAUGAAAAGAGAUUUGAACCGGAAGAUGGUGGAGGUGGUGGCCUUCCGGGCAUUCGAUGACUGGUGGGAUAAGAAGGAACGUCUAGCAAAGGCAUCACUUACGCCAGUAAAAUCUGGGGAAAAUAAAGAUGAGGAGAAGCCAAAACCAAAGGACCGCAUCACAUCUUGCCUUCUAGAGAACUGGAACAAAGGCGAAGGGCUGGGUUAUGAGGGCAUCGGCUUGGGCAUUGGGUUAAGAGGAGCCAUCCGAUUACCAUCUUUCAAGGUAAAGAGAAAGGAACCGCCUGAAGCUGCCUCAGCUGGAGACCAGAAGAGAAUCCGUCCCUCUGCCUCCGUAGACGACGAAGAGGAAGAAUCUGAACGAGAUCGAGACCUGCCAGAUGCAGCCUCAGACCUCUCUAAGAAGGAUGCAGAAGCUGUCGGCAUCAGAAGGAGACCUGCCAGACCAUUAGAGCUGGACAGUGAAGGAGAGGAGGAGGAUUCGGGCAAAGAUGAGGAGGAGGAGGAAUCCUCUUCAGAAAAGGAGCCAGAACAGGAGGAAGAAGACAGGGUGAUGAAAUCCAUGUCUGACAAGGAAGAGGAGGAGGAGGAAGGUAUCAAUGAAGAGGAGGACGGGGAGGAGGAAGACGAAGAAGAGCCUGAAGCAGGGAUGAGUGAAAAAGAGGAGGAUCAGGAUUCUGAAGAAGAGGGGGUAGGAAGUCCUGCCUCCUCCAGAGCAGAGCUUGAGUCAUCUGAUGAAAGUGAGGAAUCCUCAGAAUUUGGGACAAGCUCUGACUCUGAUGAUGAAGAGGAAGAAGAGGAGGAGGAAGAAGAAGAAGAAGAGGAGGAGGAGGAGGAGGAGGAGGAGGAAGAGGACUAUGAGGAACAGGUGGAGGAUAACAUCGGGGUGUCCCUACAGCAAGAAAGGGAAGCUAUGCCCACCGAAUUGGCCAUUGAGUCACUCACUCAAGAGCCUGAAUAUGAUGAUCAAAAGGAGACUAUCCUGAACUUGUUCCCAGUGGAAGAUUAUAUGGGAGGGACUCCACUCGCACUGGCUGAACCUUCAAUGCCAGAAGGAGAGGAGCAGAGGGAAGAAGAAAUUGGUGAGGUGCCCGAGGAGUCUCUUGCUGCCGAGGUGCUGGUGGUUAUUGAAAGAGCCCAGGAGGAAAAGUUCCAGCUGUCUCCGGUGUGCGUGCCAGUGGAGGAAUGUGAAGCAGCUGUUGCCCCGGAGCCUGAGGUGCUGGAUGGUCCAAAGCCAGAGACGCAGGCCGAGGAACACCUCCGACCGCUGACCCCAGUGGGGCUUUUUGGAGAAGCACAGUCUGGCAAGCCCUCCUUUUCCACCCAGCCCGACGAUAGCAAUGGAGAAGCCCGAGCAAGAAGCCAGCCGCCAUGCACUGCUGAGGAAGAGGACCGGCUCCCUCUGACUCCCGGCAGGGAUGUUCUGGCUCGCUUGGAGCCUCCUGGACUUUCCGUGAAUGCCGUGCCGCCCUGUUCGCUUCCCCUCCCCUCCAUCCUUGCGAGCAAAGAGGAAGCCUUGCUUCUUCCCGACAAGUUCCCUGAUCAGCUAACUGUGACCAAAGCGCUGCUGGAGGAAGAGCUCCCUCGGACUCCUGGGCGGGACAUUUUAGCCAAGUGCAUGCACAGCCUCUCCAAGUCCCAGAGCACGGACACUGUGCCGGCCACGCCUGGCAGCGAGGCUCCUCUCACAGGCAGCAGCUUGACCCUAAGCUCCCCACAAGUCCCAGGGAGCCCCUUUUCCUACCCAUCCCAGUCCCCCGGGAUCAACAGUGGUGGCAUUCCUCGGACUCCUGGGCGGGACUUCACUUUCACGCCGACGUUCCCCGAGCCCGUUGCCACCCUUCCUUGCCUUUCGUCUGGCAAGAAGCCCUCAGAGGAUGACCCUGAGGAGAAGGUCUUUAAAGAGCCUCUUGGUGCUUCCUUAUUGGCUGGCGUGAACAGUGUCCCCUCCCCCAUUCCCUUUGCCAGCCCACCCGUCCCAGCUUUCCACGCGCACAUGGACUUGCCUCCCAACCAGCCCGUCCCUUUUGCGGUCCGGCCGUGCGUAUUCAUGGACUCGCAAAUGCCUCUAGAGGGGUGCAGCCCAGAUGCCCGGCCGCUCUUGCCCUUCCCAGAUGUCCCUGGGGCUUCCCCGCCGCUCCCUCCUCCCCCUCCAUCUCCUGUGUUGCCUGUCAAAAGGAAGCCGGGCCGGCCAAAGCGCUCCUCUCCGCUGGGCCCCCCCUUUGACGCCUAUUCCGGCAAGCCCGUGGAGCCUCCGCUUCUUCCGAUCCCAGUCGCCUUGGCUGAAAGUGCUGUGAGCAAAGAGCUGCUGAGUAGCCACCCGGAGGCCAUCUAUGCCCUGAAAGACCCGGAAGCAGUGACCCUGGACUUCCGGAAUGACCUCUUCCACGACAAGGUCCCCACCGAGGUUUUAGCUGAGAAACUUCCCUUUAAGGAGCUGGAGAACCAGUGGAAUGAGGACUUCAAAGAGGACGAGGCUUACCUGAAAUCCAGGCGCCAGUGGAGGCGCCAGAAGAAGCGGACGGAUGAUGUCCCGACAAUUCCUUCCCCCGAGUAUUCCCCGCAUCGCUAUCACUUUAGGCCCCGCUCUGAGUUUGAGGAGAUGACCAUUUUGUAUGAUAUUUGGAAUGGGGGGAUUGAUGAAGAGGAUAUCCAUUUCCUGUGCGUUACCUACGAUCACUUGUUGCAGCAAGACAAUGGCAUGGACUGGCUGAACGACACCCUGUGGGUAUACCACCCUCCAACCAGCUUUUCUCUCCCAAAGAAGAAGAAACGGGAUGAUGGGAUGCGGGAACACGUUACCGGCUGCGCCCGAAGUGAGGGCUAUUACAAAAUCGACAAGAAAGACAAACUGAAAUACCUCAAUAACAGCCGCGCGUUUGCAGAGGAGCCUCCGGCUGAUACGCAGGGAAUGAGUAUCCCUGCCCAGGUACACGUCUCCACCCGUGCUGGCUCCGAGCGCAGGUCUGAGCAGCGCAGGCUCCUGUCGUCCUUCACUGGCAGCUGCGACAGCGACUUGCUCAAAUUCAACCAACUCAAGUUCCGGAAGAAAAAGCUAAAGUUCUGUAAGAGCCACAUUCAUGACUGGGGACUGUUUGCGAUGGAGCCCAUUGCUGCUGACGAGAUGGUGAUUGAGUACGUGGGCCAGAAUAUCCGGCAGGUAAUUGCUGAUAUGCGAGAGAAACGAUACGAGGACGAAGGCAUUGGGAGCAGUUACAUGUUCCGAGUCGACCACGACACAAUUAUUGAUGCAACCAAGUGUGGGAACUUUGCCAGGUUUAUUAAUCACAGUUGCAAUCCAAAUUGCUAUGCUAAAGUCAUCACAGUGGAAUCCCAAAAGAAGAUUGUCAUUUACUCGAAGCAGCACAUCAAUGUGAACGAGGAAAUUACUUACGACUACAAAUUCCCCAUCGAGGACGUCAAGAUCCCCUGCUUGUGUGGCUCUGAGAACUGCAGAGGGACCCUGAAUUAAACCCAAGGUUAUUUGCCACGCACUGGCUCUGUCCGGACUGUGGUAACCGAGGGUGGUUGCACUUUUGCCAAAAAGGAGGAGGAAGAAGGAAAAAAAAUAAUGAGGGGGGGGGGAAUGGACGAGGGCGAGGGAGAGAGAGAAAAUCCCGCUGGGCACGUUCUGUCCUUUUGUCAAGAAAAGUGCAAAUUGCAGACACGCACACUAGGACUCUUCAGGCUGCAGGUGCUUUUGGGACGUCAGAUCCAGAACUCCCCUGGCAAAUAGCUCCCCUUCAUCAGUGGCACCGAACGUCAAACACUAUCUCUUUUCCCCCUCUGCCCUCUCCGUCAUGGCAGAGCUCUCCUGAGUAGAAUAAGGUACCUUCUUAUUGUUUAAAAACGUUCCUCUUUCUAUAAAAUGCUGCUACCUUUUCCUCAUGAAUUUUGUUUGCAGGGGGUUGGGGGUGGGGGGAUCAGUAGAAAGACAUUCGAGAUUUUAAAAUGUGAAGCAGAGACUGAACAAGAGACGUUCAUGAGUCGAACGGAAGCUGGCUGGGGUUGAGCGUAGCGAGAGCUGUCAAGGGACAGCGAGCAGUGGGGUGGGGGCUUCUUUUUGCGUUUGUCAAGCACAGAGUCACCCUCUUCCAUCUCUGGAUCCCUGAGUGGUCUGAAACGCUUGGAUCUGGCUCAAGGGUGCCACCUUCACGCCCAUCGGCAUUCUGCUGGUCUGCUUGGAGAGGAUCUGGCAGGAAGGUGCUGUUGACUGUGCCUAGCAGUGAGUGGCCUUUCUUUUUCACAGUAGAGGGUGCUCUCCCAGCCCCGCCCCCCGUGCUUUCAUUAGCAUUUAUUUCUGCCGUACAAACAUUUGGUCACACAGCAUGCUGAGUGGACUCCCUCAGUCCCUGCUGCUGGGCAUCCUUCAUGCCUGUCUGAGAGGCCUGCGCAAGAAGCCAGUGUAGAGACCACCAGAAGGGAAUAGAGGGGAUGAAACGGCUGGGCUGCAGAGGAGUCGCCGACCAGGACAAGGUCUGUCCCUUGGCUGGCACCCAAACCCACAUCAGACGCCGCUUUUCUCUCGCCUUCCUCCCCCCCCCCCCCCGCCCCUAUUGUCACCUCUGGCUAUGUGAGCCUUUAAUCGUAUGCUCCCUCUCUUUCUAAAUAUUCAAAAGCGUUCUUCUAAAAAGAACCGAGCUCUGCCUCCCUCAGCCAAAUGGGACAGUGUCUUGCUCAGUGACCAACCUUGGCUUGCUAGAGCUUAGUUGUGCAACUGUCAGGUGUGGCGCACAAGGGUGUGUGAAUGCGUUGAUGGAGUGGAGAGCAGCUGUUUUAUGGCCUUAAGAAGCAAUACUUUUUAAUACCAAUUUCCAGCAGCAAACCAACUUUUUAGUUGACGCCUGUCCUAAACAAACACAUAAUACCUGGGUGCAAAUGAUAGAGAAGAUAAAAAAAGCAUUGUAUUGACAUUUUCAAUGUGUGUCAUAUUUACCAUUGUACCCCUGAAGAAGAUUGCUGCUCAAAAUCCAUAUACUAAAGAGGUUCCUUUAAAAUUAGUUCCAAGGCUGCUAUGCUAGACAAAUCUUGAAAUAUUUGCCCAUUUUCAGUACUCAGUUUCUUGUUCAUGGCUUGAAGUUAUCGAACUUUAAACUUGCUGUACUAAGAAUUAAUUUGCUAGAGAAGAAAUGAGGCAACUAGAGUAGGCAUAAAUAAUACCUCCGGCAGCCCCCCUCCCCCCUGCCCACCUGACCCAAGACUUGACAUCUGGUGCCCUGUGUUGUUUGGAUGGCUUCUGUAUUCCCCUUCUUUUAAGGCAGUGGGAUUUUGCCAGCAACCCCUCUGCAAGUUACUUGAUAGGUGCAUCUCCCUUUUCUAGUAUGCAAAAGCCUACAGAAAGAAGGAGACUUAAACCAACGCAAGCUGCCUUAUCUGUGUUUCCAGCUGGGCUGGUUCUUUUGACCUGGCGGGUUGGAUAGUCUGAGCUAUAAGGAGCUGGGUAUGGGAGAUCCAGGCCAGACCCUCCGUGAAGCUGGUUGGUUGAGACCAGCGUCUUUUCCCUUUUGCCUGGCUCCCUGCUUUCUUUCAACUCUUCCUUUGGCAUGCGUGUGGUGUUGGCUUUUUAUGCUUCCAGUCUUUGAGAAAGCCACAUCCGUCUCAUGACAGAGGUUGUUGUCAAUAUUAACGUGUUCCUGUGCUUUUCCUUCCAUACCACAAGGAAUGCCUACUGCACAAACAUGCGCUGAAAGGCAGUGAAGCAAAGGGUCCUGGUGAGUUGUCUCAGUUAUUAAUCUCACGUGUUUGAAUAGUUAAAUUGUUGGGAAACACAUUCCCUUGGGGAAAUACGGCAAUAUUAGGACUACUGCAAUCGCUCGCUUCUGUUGGUUUAACCUCAGUCAGAACUUGAAGCAACUUCCAGGCAUAGAAGUUGUGACGUCACUGCCACAGACCCCCCACCCCUCCUGACUCCGACCCUGCUAUGACUGGGGUGGCAGGAUAGAGGAAGGACCGUGUAUAGCCGAAACCUUGCCAAGCUUUGGUGAGAGGCUUUCCGAAGUGUUUUCAUUCAUACGCACAAGCAUAACCUGAACUUUAAAUCCAAAGUACCUUUGGACCCCUCCGGAGCUGGUUCGGCUUCCAUUCCUUGAAGAGCUCGGGGCUGAAAGGACCCUUGGAUGGAGACCUGCACCUCUGACUCCGCCCCAGAUGGGGGGGAGGGGCUCCUUCACAGCCGCUCUUUGGAAGGAAUGAGGAUCCACUCUUGAAGCGGUGGGGUGGGGUGGGGAGGCGUAGCAGUGACCACAGGCCUGACUUUCCAAGUCUCCACCCUACCUCCUUCCUCCCCUGUUCCCCAAAGGAGUGCCAAAUUCUUGUCAGCCCACUCACUGACAAGCCUUCUUUUCCACUCCCAAGGGCGGUGGGGAGGUCAGCUUGGCUUCCAUUGAGUUUUCAGCCGGUGUCAUCUAGCACAUGUCUCUGUGCGAUCAUUCAGUCCCAGCCUGCUUGGUUUCAUACAAUCAUCUCUCUUCCCUCUGCCUCAGUUUCUAAUUUGAGGUUAAAUAUUGGGAGUUCAGGAGGGCAGCAAGGAGUCUGUCCCACUCUGGCACAUAUUUAUAUUGUCAAAGAAGCUUAUUUCUACAAUGGGGUAGAGGCGGGGCGGGGCGGGGAGGAAAUAAUUUUAAUACUCUGAUGGAAAGUUGUUUCAGUUUUGUCAUUUGUGACCUAUUUUCAGGGAUCAUUUCAGUGCAUUUCUGUAUAAAAUGUUUUUUAAAAGGAGGGGAAAAUGAAAUUUUGCAGUUUAAAAUGGACACAUCAUCUGUACAUAGGCAACCGUUCUGACUCUUCUCUUCAAAACACUGUUUCUUGUAGAAACACGUUGAUUUUGUUUGUUUUUUUGUUUUGGGGCUGUUUUGUUUGUACUUCAAAAGCAUGUAAAUAAUUUGUUAAAAAUGACUAUUGGAGUUUGGAGUUCAUUUUUUAAAAGAUGGCCAGCCCGAGUCCUCAAGCAGAGAAUGGAACAUGGCGUGGCGGGGCCCACUGAGGGAAAGAGCUGGUGCCAUUUACAGCUUGUGUCAAGCUAUGUAUAAUGUAAAUUUUGUACAUUUUUUUUGUCAAUACGUAGCUCAAACUAGAAGCAUUAAGAGGCUGAAGAUUAAAAAAAAUGCCAAGUUGAGGCUUUUUUUAUUUGCCUUUCUGAUACCUUAACGUGCAAAAUCUAUUUAUUUCAGACAAGAAAAUGUGUAUAGUCUAUUAAUGACAACCUAAAAUGUAUUUAAGCAAAUCUGCAACAUUGAUUUUUUUUUUCCAAAUAUAAAUUUUCUUCUAUUUUAUAACGUUCCUUCUCGAUUACCAAUGUAGUAUUUGUAGAAGCAAAAAGAAACAUGUACCUGCCACGGUCUGGAGCUUCAAGGUGUUCCAAUGCCCAUGUGCCGCUUCCACCUGAGCAGAGUAUUGCCCCCCCCCCAGCAAGGCAAGCCCUACUGGGGCGGAGCUCUGUGUGCCCCAUCGGGGCUUCUGGCUUUCUCAUUAGAGCUGCUA